UAGGCCUUGUGUCUGUAACAGUACGGGAGUGUGGAUCUAAACCAUCAGACCUUGAAGAUGCAGGCUUUGUACUCGGUUCCGUACUCCAUACUCGAGGUACCCAAUCUCAAGCUUCGACGCCCAGGCUGGUUUAAACAACCUCCAGCUAUGGUCGUGUUCGGAUUCGUCAUGCUGUCGUACUUUCUCGUCACCGGUGGCAUCAUCUACGACGUGAUUGUCGAGCCUCCGAGCGUGGGCUCUGUGACAGACGAUCAAGGACACCAGAAACCUCAAGCGUUCAUGCCCUAUCGUAUCAACGGUCAAUACAUUAUGGAGGGCUUGGCUUCAAGCUUUUUGUUCUGUUUGGGAGGAUUUGGAUUUGUCGUACUGGAGCGAUCUAACAUGCCAAAUAUCCCGAGGCUCAAUCGUAUUCUUCAGUUUUGCUUUGCGUUCUCUACCAUAGUCAUCUCGUUCUUCAUGUGUCGCGUGUUUAUGACUAUGAAAAUACCCGGAUACUUGCAGGGUUACUGAAGUGUGUUUGAGAGAAUUGUAGUAUACUGCAGAUGUGAGGACUGGCUUCUGAACUGCAAAUGUGUACAAUGUAGGCGCGUCAGUCAAAUGAGAUGAUUAAUUUUAA